GAAACCGAGAUUUCAAGAUGGCGCCCUCCUUGGAUACACUUCGAUGUUGUUGUUAUUGUUAUUUUUUGUUGUCGUUUCUAGUAUUUAAAUGCGUUGCUGCUCAAUUUCUAAAUGAACCAUGUUUCAAAGCCAUCAAUGACAGCUGGCCACAAUUUUUACGGACACGCCCUCGACCUCAUGAGUACAUAAAGGCGUCCGAGCUCCCGCGGUCAUGGGACUGGAGGAACGUAGAUGGGCAGAAUUACGUGAGCGUCACCAGGAACCAGCACAUCCCGCAGUACUGUGGCUCCUGCUGGGCUAUGGGAGCCACCAGUGCUCUUGCCGACCGCAUCAAUAUCAAGCGUAAGGGUGCGUGGCCCUUAGCGUACCUGUCUGUCCAGAACGUCAUUGACUGCGGACGAGCGGGGUCGUGCUUCGGCGGCGAUGACCUGGGGGUCUACGCCUACGCGCAUCAGAAGGGCAUCCCGGAUGAGACCUGUAAUAACUACCAAGCCAAAAACCAAAGGUGCGAGCAGUUUAACCAGUGCGGCUCGUGUGCCUCCGCGGACUCAUGCGACAUAGUGAGGAACUACACGGCAUGGAAAGUGGACGACUACGGCAGAGUUUCCGGGAGAGACCAUAUGAAAGCGGAGAUUUACGUCAACGGGCCCAUUAGCUGUUCUCUGAUGGCCACCAAAGGCCUGGAGGAGUACUCGGGGGGCAUCUUUCACGAGUUUCACGUACUUUCACUGCCCAAUCACAUCGUGUCCGUGGCCGGCUGGGGCGUGGCGGAGGACGGCAAGGAAUUCUGGAUCGUUAGGAACUCCUGGGGAGAGUUUUGGGGCGAACACGGCUGGGCCCGAAUUGUUACCAGCGCCUUUAAAGGCGGCGAAGGCAACUGGUUUAACUUGGGGAUUGAGAAGCGUUGUGCAUAUGGAGAUCCUAUUGUUACUUCCUAGAUUUUUUUGUUGUUGUUGUGUAAAGUAGAUAAAUUAGGUUUUUAUCCAAUGACUUGUGUUUUCUGAGCUGAGCCUUGGGUACAAAGGCAAUUUUCUGGCAUGCUGGAGCAGAAUUCAUUUUUUGUUCUUGUUGUUGUUGUUGUUGUUGGGGGAAUGAUUUGCUAUAGAGGAGCAGGAGAAACAAAAUUGGGUUCAACAAUCAAAUGUGUUUCAGUAUUUCAUUUUUUAUUUGUUUUCAUACAGUGAGGAAAUUGCAAUCAUAGAUGCAUUUCUACUUAUAGAGACAUAAUCUAAAACCAAAUCCGGAACUCACAUUACAUGAUUUUUCAAUGAUUAUUUAUAAUUUACUGGGGUUCAUAAGUAUUUGUACACCUGACAAUCAGCAAUAAUUGUCUAAAGAAUUCUAGAGUCUACCUUAAAAAAAGUCCACCUUUACCCCAUGAGUAACCAAUCAACCCACCCCACUCGUUUGAGCUCAUUAUUGUCACCAGUGCACCCCACAGUCAAUCAUAAUCCAAAUGCUACCAUGGGCAAGACCAGAAAGUUUUCGAAAGACACCGGAGAAAAAAAUUGUUGAGCUCCACAAAGCUGGAAAAGGUUAUGGGACAAUUGGAAAGCAGCUUGGUGAGAAAUCAACAGUUGAAGCAAUUGUUAGAAAAUGGAAAAGGCUAAACGUGACUGAUAAUCUGCCUCGGACUGGGGCUCCAUGUAAAAUCUCUCCUCGUGGGGCAUCACUCAUGACGAGAAAAGUGAGGGCUCAACCUAGAACUACCUGGCAGGAGCUGGUCAAUGACCUGAGGAGAGCUGGAUGCACAUUUUCAAAGGCUACCGUCAAUAAAACACUAUGGUGCAAUGGUUUAAAAUCAUGGAUUGCUCAGAAGGUUUCCCUGUUGAAGCCAGUACAUAUGAAGGCCCGUCUGAAGUUUACCAGAGACCAUCUGAAUGAUGCAGAAGGGUCAUGGGAGAGACUCAUGUGGUCAGAUGAGACCAAAGUAGAACUUUUUGUUGCAAACUUUACUCGUCGUAUGUUGAGGGAAAAGAAGGAUGAGUACAAUCCCAAGAACACCAUCCCCACUGUGAAGUAGGGGGGAGCAAACCUCUUGUUUUGGGACUGUUUUUCAGCAAAGGAGACAGGACGACUGUACUGUGGAAAGCAGAGGAUGAAUGGUGAAAUGUGUCGUCAGAUUUUUAGCCACAACCUCCUUCCCUCAGUCAGCGACUUGCAUAUGAGUCGUGGCUGGAUCAACAUGAUAAUGAUCCGAAACACACAGCCAAGCUGACCAUGGAGAGGCUGCGUCAAAAACAUAUCAAGGUUCUAGAGUGGCCUAGCCAGUCUCCAGACCUCAGUCCAAUAGAAAAUCUUUGGAUGGAGCUAAAACUUGGUGUUUCUCAACGACAGCCCUGAAACCUAGCAGAUCUAGGGAAUAUUUGUGUGGCGGAAUGGGCCAAAAUCCCUGAUUCCAUAUGUGAAAACCUGGUGAAGAACUACAGAAAGCGUCUGACCUCCUUAAUUGCAAACAAAGGCUUCUGCAGUAAAUAUUAGCACUGAUUUUCUCAGGGGUACAAAUACUUACGAACCCCAGUAAAUUACGAAUAAAUUAUUGAAAAAUUAUACAAUGUGAGAUCGAGAUUUUUUGGGGGGGGAUUAUGUUUCUAUAAGUGAAAAUAUAUUUAUGAUUGCUCCUCACUGUAAUUAUAUCCUAAUUUAUUUUCAAUUCAAGAUUUUUUUAUUGCCAUUUUUAUUUAGUGAAUGAAGUUUAAGACUGCAUAUCCAUAGCUGUCAAAAUAUGCCAAUCUAUUUGCUUUCUAUUCCUCUUGUGCUUAUCUCCAUUGCUGAUUUCAGUUAUAUUAUUAGCAGUAGUAGUAUUUGUUUUAUUUUUUAUUUAUAUUCUAGUCCUGAUUUAAUGCGAUUUUUAUGUAUAAUUUUAUUUCCUAUUUUGAUUGUCUUUGUUUUUACAUUCUAUUGAUUUUAAUGUGAUUUUUAUGAUCUUCAUGUGAUGUAAAGCACUUUGAAUUGCCUUGUGUUGAAUUGUGCUUUAUAAAUAAAUUUGCCUUGCCUUAGUUCAUUUUCAUUCCACGCUUUUAUGCAUGAAU